AUGACCUUGGCCCUCGGGCAUCGGUGCACGCGCUGGAGCUGCAAGUUCGAGGACGGCGCGCUGCGCAUGCAGCGGAGCCCCUGGGCGUUGCUUGCAGAGUACUGGGAUGGGAUGCGACCACAAAAGAAAAAGAAAUUAUUCCUGCAAGCGUCACUUGUCUCUUAUCGGUGUCAAAGCACGAUCGAGGAUGGGACACGGCUGCGGCGCUCGUCCGACCUUGGUGCAGGCGUGUUUGGGCCCGCUAGCACCAGGGUCGCAUGUCGACGCAAACCUCAAGCUCAAGCUCAAGCUCGGCUGAGCAUGUCGUGGAUAUCAUGCGGCAGCAUGGCAGAAUCUCAGCUCGGUGAGAAGCGGCAGCAGUCGCUGGGCGCGGCGGGUCGCCGUCUUGAGAGCGAAGAGAAACGGGAGCGCGGCGCCGUUACAAUUACCUACGUCCAAGGCCCGCCGUGGCGCUGCCGAGGCUGGGCUGGCGAUGACAGUCCUGCGUCUUGCACAGAAGCAGGCUCCGGCGGCUGCGGAGAAAGGCAAGGCGAGGGCGAUUACUGGACCUGCUUUUCUGGGAACUUCCGAAUUUCGCUCGAUCAUCAUCAGAGAAGGAGCGCCAGCGCCGGCGCGCGUCUUGGCCAGAUAGCUGUGGUCGAUUCUAUACUGGUGGUGACUUGGGCGUUGUCCAGAGAUUCAUUUGCAGGCUCAGCGCUCAGCGCUCAGCCUCAGCAGCAAGGCGAGUGCCACCAGAAGAAUAGUUUCUGA